AUGGCUCCGAUGAUCUUAGUGUUGAAGGGACUGUUCUUGAUGUUUUACUACCAAAAUUUCAGAGCUGUAUCUGAUUCUGACAGCAUGUUCGAAGAAGAGGCAAUAAUGUUGCUAGCCAUAUUGCGCAACAUGCUUGCUCUUGUUGAUGUUCUGAUCACUCCAUCUCUCUCGGAAUACCAUGACCAACCUAAGCCACCCACCACCCCCACUUACAAGCCCCCAUCAGCUCCCGUUAAGAAACCACCACCCCCAAUUUACAAGCCUCCUAUGAUCAAGAAGCCCACACCACCACAAAACAAGCCUCCAACCAAAUUACCACCACCCCAUCAUUACAAACCAAUUGUUCCUCCCAGAGAAUUGAGGAGUCCACCGCCUUAUAAGAAGCCAUCACCGACUCUGCCACCUCCUGUUGUCGCCAAACCACCACCUCAACACAAGCCAACACCAGCUACUGGUCACUAUCCGGGACACCCUCCAUCGAAGAACCCUGAGCACAAGCACAAGCCAGAAGGAAAGGUUGUCCCGCCUCCGACUCCAUAUAAGAAGCCGCCAAGAGCAUACAAGCCGCCGCACAAGCCCCCAACUCCACCUAACCAUUAUUGA